AUGUCCUCAAGCCCAUCUCACUUCACCUCCAAUGAGACGACGCAACAGCCUGCUACAUCCACAACAUACCAGACCAGCGCAGAUUUCACAAGACAGGAGAAACCAUAUCAUUCGAAAUCGACAAAGAAGAUACAAUUUUCGAAUAUAAGAUCCAGGGUGGACGUACGCUUGAAGAGUGUAUCAAGGGGUUGA